AUAAAGAUAUCUUGAUAUAUUGUAUUUAUUUUGUAAAUUAAGAAAGAUGCCUCCUAAAAAAAGAAAAGCGGCGCAGAUGGAGGACAAGUCACCCAAUGCUAAAAAGGAAAAGCGCCUUUGUGGGAUGAGCAAACAUUUAUUGCGAGAGCCACAUAAGAGAAUUCAAGACGCUGGAAUGCUUCAAUUUGCCAGGCGCAUGAAUCCAGAGUUAUCCACGCGCACUCUUAUAUGUGGUAAAUGCUUUGACAAGCUGAACAGUGUCUACAAUAAGAAAUAUUCGAGGGCAGUACAAUUAAAAAACAAACAGCGUGCUGGCGGUGCUACAAGCAUUUCUGAUGUAAGUUCCAGCCAGCGCACAGAUUUACAAAUUAGCAGCAGCUCAAGCAGUACGAAUUUGUUACUGGGACCUGGGUCUUUCUCGAGCUCAUCAUCAUCGGAAUCCAAUGCAACCGGUAUUAAUACAGUUGUGGUACAAAAGACGCCACAAGCUCAGCAUCCCACUGCGACAGAUGACGAUGAUGAUGAGCCGUUGCUAAGCCUGAAUGCUGUGAAUGGCACGCGAUUGCCGAAUAUUCAACCCAUACCCAGCAGACGUCAGUUUGUGCAUGCAAAUAAACAUAUAAUGGACAUCUAUCUAGCUGGCACAACUGGCGGUUAGUCUAUGGCUAUAGUAAGCAAUAAAAGACUGAAAGACUAAGAGUUAAUUGAAGCUAUCUAUGUUUUAAUUAAUCUCAUAAAAAAACGACUUACUGAUUAUUUAGGCACAGUAUGGAAUAUUAUGCUUAUAUCUUAGACCUUGUUAUAAUUUAUUUAAA